AUGUCAGAUUACCAGUUGGCCUACACCGAUCUCAUUAAUGAGAUGUCGGGGAAGGAUACGUUGAGUGGCUGGGAUUGUCUCGUUUCGUAUAACGAGGACCAAGUCAACCAGAUGCUUGCAGACCGAGCGUCCAAGCUUGGCCUGCUUGAACCGUUGAAAUGGAGCGGAACAUAUCAUGACCCCGUCCUCAACAAGGACAUUCCAACGGAUUAUGUUGUCAACUUCUCUAAUCCUGAGCUCCAGUUCGUUGAUGCAAGCUGCAACGUUACAUUUACCUGUCCAUUCACAGGUACCUAUACCUUCUACUUUGACGGCAAUCCUACCACUCCUCAGUCUUUUGGCCCUGGCCUUCAGCUCUCCAUCUCGACGUCUUUAGCUAAUGUUGAAGGUACGUACGAUGGUGACUGGCAACCUAACUCUGGAAGCAUAAAUCCAAGCAACUACGUUGUCCUGAUGGAACCAGGUAGCAAUGUUGCUCAGGGAGUAUGCCUGGAUUUCACGAACAUCACGGCAGUUAUUGAAAAUGCGCCAGGAGGGCAAAACUCCGCUGACCAACUGGCUACUGUUUCAAACAUGAUGGCAGAUGAAGUCUCUUCCUACUUCCAGCAGGCAGGGGGUGUGAAUUACUACCUUGCCGCCCUAAGCAAUGCUCCCCAGGGGGAUUCACCCAAGGAAAUUGCUCUGCAGCCCGUGUCCUUUGCAUUUUCGGCUGUCCCGGCUAAUUCAAACGAAAACAUUCCUGCAACUUUGUGUAUGUGGAUUGGCCUCCAGGGCGGCAACGGUGCGCAGUUCCAGAGCGGCCAAACUCCGCUGAGCUUUCAACCUGGCUCCAGCCCAAUAACGCCAUUGCCCCAGGGCAAGUCUGCAAGUAUUAUCUUUAGUCACAGCGUAAUGGGUAACCUAUUUCUGGCUCCUGCAUUGCAAAGUGCGACAGGUGGUCAGAGUAGUCUUGACGAUGGGCCCGGAGACUCUGGUUUCAAUCUUUUGUUCACCUUGCCAUCCCACGAAGUCAAUAUUGACCAGUUCACACAAGGGGAUCCCAAUAACGUGCCCUACACUGAGAUCGACAGCUUAAGCUUCAAUGUUAAUGACAAUCCUGCCACACUCGCCAUUCCUAGCGGUCUCAGUAGCAGUGAUACUCCAUCUACGGCGAAAUAUUCUAGUCUUAGUUAUGCACAAAAUUGGGUAACAGAAAACUUGAUUAUGGGAGGUACAGAACCAGAGAGAAUCUGGGGAAAUGGCACCAUCAACAACACCUUCAAUCUCAAUGGUAGUGGUCAGUGGGCAGGGAGCAGUGACCCUACUCGUCCCAACCAGCUGAACUUCAACCUGUCAAUGGACACCACAAUGAGUGUCUCGCCCACCCCUGCAUCAUGGAAAUGGUACCAGGUCGCAUUUGAAGGCUACUCUGAUGACCUACCGCCGACACUUCAGAAUGUGCAACCGCAGGUUCCACCUGGGUCCUGCGUGCUCAGCAUGGACUAUCUGCUUACGACGAAUUUACUGUUUCCGGGUCAGAAUGUGUUCAUACCGGAUUCGCCGGUUCCCUCAGGAGGAGAUACCACUUCAGGAGUCGCCUGUCCACGGGACCUUAUUAUGACGGGGUCGCUCAAUCCAAAUCCUCAGGCUUCUGCAUUGAGAGAUGAAAAUUUCAAUACUAUUUCAAUUGCAAACAAGCGGAAGGCAAAGGCCUACAACAUACAAAUGAAAGCCCAGGCUGGACCAGGAUCCGCUGACGCACUCAAAGAAGAACUGUUGAGCAUCCCGGCCCCUCCUAUCUUCGGAGAUCUUCUCAACGCCAUGGCGACGAGUGAUUCCAUUGGAUCCCAAGUCGUUGCUGUUCUGGCGAACUACGGGUACGGUAACCUUACAGGAACCGACUUCAUCUCACUUAUGAAUUUGGUCCCAGAGGAUAUCUUUGGCGCCGCUAGUCUCGGCCGGUCUGUCGCUGGUGAAAAGAAAUCCCCAAUGGACGAUAGGAGAGAUAGUGGCAUCGGCGGGUUAACGCCUGAUUAUGAGCCUAGAGAGUCAUGGCUCAGGGCGAGUCAGGCUUCUUCCUCACCCUUUGAUCUACGCAUGUUUGGUGCAAUGUACGUUAUAACGGCCCCUGCAUCGGAUGCUGGUCGGGUUUUAAUCGUCAAUCCGUGCACAACCGCAAUUACGUACGUCGGCCAGACUGUCACCCCGACUAUCAGCAAUACACAAUCCAACUCAGCGAUUGUUAGUUGGAGUAUUCAAGGAAGGAAUUUUCAAGCUGCUUUCGCUGCGGGUGUUGACCCAUCGUCCAACUUGUUCACAGCCCAGUUCUCCGGAACAGUCCAGGAUAGCGGAAGUACGCCUGUUGCGCUAGCUGGGACGAUGAAACCGUUCACGAGCACUGAUUCAUCGCUAUCCAUUGCUAGUUGGAAGAGCCGUCAGAACAUCCCAGCUCCAAGAGCGGAGAAAGGAAAACCGGCGAUCAAUACUCGUACCCGUUCCUCGACUAAACGUCUUCAGCGAUCGCGGGUCUUUCCUUCUCUGAAGGUCGCGAGAACGAAUUUGCCUUCGUGUUACCCAACGCCAGGGGUUUACAAAAUCAGCGCUCCUCACGCUGAAACCAGCUGGCCUCUUUCGAUAGCGUUACAAGGGAAUUCGUAUGUCGUAUCCUUUGCGGGAACAACGGUGCCGAUGCAGGAAGAACCAUCACCCCUGGAUCCGGACCUUCCGAUGUGGGGAUGGAGGAACGCGAAAAAUACAAUGAGCUAUAAAAUUUCUUUUGCCACCAUGGAUCCCGAAGGUGUUGUCUCGUUUUCAGGAGUGCAAAGUCCCACAGUUGGUGCCACAGCCCCUUUGCCCUUCUCCGGGCUAUGGACCAAGCCUGCCGCCGGCUCAACGUCAGGCCAACCACAUACGCCACUAGCAUCGACAAGAGCGACAAAGGGUGACAUCCAUCAGCUACGUAAAGGGCUUGUUGUUCCCGGGCCGGAAGACGAUUUUAAUUUUUCCGCCUCUAUACUUGGAGUAAUGCUUAUUCCCCUUACUAUUAUUUCGUUCAUCGGCUGUCUCGCGUCCUGCUACUGGAGAUGGCAGGAUAAUCAGGAGCCUAACCCAGCGACGGAACAACAAGUCACUGAGCUCUCCGAUGCGGCAAUGAAAGCAUUAAAAGAGCAGCGCGAUCAAAUCAUGCAGCGGCUUGAAGCUGUCCUCGAGAGGGAUAGUGAGGAAACUCUCGAUGACCACCAGGACGAUUUUAAAAGCCAGGAACCCGACAUCGAUGCCGCAGUUAAGCAGCAUAUCAAUGAUACACUUGAUAAAAUGGACAUUGAAUCGAUUGCAAAUUUCGAUAUCUCCCAACUUAACAAUCCCGAAGGUGAUUUGGCUACCUUGGUCCAGUCCACUCGGGACCUAAUCGAGGGCCGCGUCGGGAACCUUGCCGUCCAGCUGACAGGACCUGUUAUGGGCACUGCGCUAAGUUCUUUCGAAAAUUCUGACAUGGUCGACCCUGAGCAAGGCGAAGGGGUGCAAGCUCAAGCUCUAGCAGCCCAGACGGCCUUGCUCUCGGUGCAGUUGACGGAGCCUCUUCCUGGGAUGGCACAAAGCUACAUGAACGCGACUCUCGCAUAUUGCAUAUCUAACCGUAUUCGUCAGUAUAAUCAGGAGCAGAUGCAGCAGAACGACAGUGACAUUGAGCAAUACGAGCAAGAUGAAAGUGACACUAAUCAAGAAAUAUCUCAAGAGCAAGUGGAGGAAGAAAAGGAGGAGGCAGAUGCGGACAAUCCAAAUUUGACUCAGGACCAGCGCGAUGAAGCGGAGAAGGAAGAGGAAGCUACCAAACAAGAGAUCGGGAAUCUUGAGAAAAGGGUAGAGAACGAGGAGGAGCAGGAAGGUCAGGAUGAAGGAAAGGAGACUGAUCUAGAAAAACAGAUUUCUGAGAACGAACAGGACAUUGAUCAGGAUCAGGGGGACGCAGAGAAUGCUGAAAGAGAGGCUUUUGGAGACCCUUAA